AUGUCCUACAGCCAGGUCCAUUCUGCCCUGCUUCAAGUCUUAAUGCAAGCGGGAAGUAUACCGGUGGAAACAUUGGGCAAUUUGGCAGUGGAGCUCAUGGCGAGUGGACUACCGGAGGACGAACAGGUGAGCGAGACUCCUGCAAUGGUGCUAGAACAGUGUGUCGUGGCUAUCAACAUGAGAUUACACUACAUGGAUCUUUCGAUACGGCAAAAGCGGGAUCAGCUUACUGGCGAGAAACAACUUACUCUAGUGAACCAAACCGCUGAUGAGUCCAUCAAGCUGGCAACGCAGUUUACUCCCAACGAGGUCAAGGCCAUAAACGAGAUUGUUGAUUAUAUAUUCGAUGAAGGGAACAGCUCGGAGGAAAGAUACUCGAUUACGUCUUCAAAGGCUAUUGCACUUAUACGAAAGAACACUACCAAAUCAACAGACCAGGCAGACUCGUUCUUGAAAGGCCUCUACUACCAAGGAUGGCUGGACCACCAGAAAGAAUAUAUCCCAGCGACGCGAAUGCUGGCAGAGCUUGGGCCAAUGUUAAUCCAGCGUUUUGGAGUCAGAUCACCCGAAAACACAGAAGGCCUCAUAAGCACAUGUGCUGGGUGUGAGGAGAUCCUGACUCUUGGUCCGAAGUGCUUCAACAAUGACUGUCAUGUCAGAUUCCAUCCGCAAUGUCUCAAGCAUUUCUUUGCGGUUCGUUCUGAUGGGAAGUGUCCCAAUAGGAAUUGUGACGAGGUAUGGGACGUCACGCCCGAAAACUUGACUCAUUUGGCUACCAUAGGGCCGCCUGGAAUUGUGAUUCCGUGGGAGAGAGUCACGUAA